AUGGUCAUUAACUUUCUACAUGAUUUAAAAUCCUACUUGGAAACGAAGGUUGCCGUAUGCGACAUUUUUGUGGAAACGCCAAAGGCAGUUGAUGAAGGUUCUCUCAUUGAGUGGGAACGAACGAAUGACUGUCAGUUGCCGGACGAGCUGCGGAACUUCUACUUGACGACAAAUGGCCUCUCACUAAUCUGGUACAGUAAACAUUCUGAUGUUAAGGUUCUCAUCGGCCGUAUACAGAUAAAUGGAAUUUCGGCACUCAGAGAAGCAUCUUUUGCCUUUAAGUCUGACAUGGAUUUUGCACAGGAGAUGGAUGUCGACUUAUUUGUUGAGAUUCUUAUGAGAUUCUCACAAGGGUCACUAAAGAAAAAGAUGUUCAUUUUGGAACAGUGUCCCAGUUCCUGCGUUGUUCUCGUACUGAAUUCACGCUGCUCGGAAAUAUACUAUAUUGAUCGUGAUGCCUCAUUUCAUCGACUGUGUGAUACGCUUUCGCAAUACAUCCGGUUGGCUGCUGUCCACCUAGGCAUCAUCGGAUGGCAAACAUGCUACACAUUGUCUGGACCGCGACCAGAAUUCCUGUACGCGGCACUCUACACUCCAGAAAGAUUGUCUUUAAACGCCAGAGGAGCCCGUUAUUGGCUUGAGAAUGAUGCAAGGUUUUAUCCACACUCAGUUUUGCAUUCCAAGAAUUUAAAGUCAAUCGAGGUUUGCUCUUGUUUUGUCGUAAACUCAUUACUGCCUUGUGGCCUGAAACAAACCGAGUUUAUCAUAUUUUUCGUGGUAACUGGGCGCGGCGUAACUCAAUUGUACCCUUCUGUGGAGGUUACUCUUGAACUGCACUUUAUCUUUAUUCGUAUACUUAAGUUACACGUCUUACACAAUAGCCUAACUUGGGUACUGUUUCUUGGUAGCUCUGAACGGUCCGCACAAGUACCUAGAAGUAACGCCCAUGGUACGUCUACUAACAGAGUAAGAUCAGUUGAGUCUGCUCACGCAAAACGUUCGGCCGACCAGAGCUUUCCUAUGAGGAAGUCAAAAGUUUAAUCUCGGCUGUCUUUCGCAAUUCGAAUUCCGUUGUUCUUCAGUGUUUUCCCGUUCCAGAGAUAUGUUUAUUCUUCCAGAUAAAACGAAUUGAAGAAGACGUCUUUCUCUGUUACAAUGGCGUGGAAAGUUUGGCUUGGCUAAUUUUGAUGAUAUUCCGCACCAAAUUAACGCUUUAUUCCUAAAUGAACUGCCAUGGAAUUACCUCUAUGAACAUUGUGAAGCACAAUCCAGCUUUGCGUUGAAACUUUAGUGUCCAGACAGAGGGUAAAGUCAGUUGCGAAAAACCAAUUCGCUGCGCGGGAUAAUUGAAACGGCAAUAGAAGUUUUCUCGCCAAUUUGCUCCACGAACGUAGUCUGGCGCAUUUUACGGUGGACCGGAAUCGAGGUGCCGCUGCUAGCAAACUAUACGGCACAACUGGAAAAAUCAAUUACCGAUCCGAAUUACCUUUGUUGGCAAGCAGUGACGUUACUUGUGCUGGUACAUAUUGUAC